CUCGCAGUAGAGGGGGACAGUAUUGUGGAAGGAAAUCUCGUACCUGCCAGACUUCCACAUCACAACAAAUCGACAUUUUACAAUUUUUAAUUGCAAUUUAUAUGAUCUCGAAUAAUUUUAGUUUGUAAUCUGUUCUUCAUCUUACUUUGCCGUUGUUGCUAUCGUUUUCUAUCAAUAAUGUAAGUUCCAAGAGAGCUUUGCGUAGCCGUAUUGAGGACGAUUCCAUUGGUAAACUACCCGAUGUUUUUGCGUUUUCAGUGCGGCCAUGUUUCGACAUAAACGUGGUGUCUGAUGCUGCUCUUUGCGACUAGUGUGCCGUCUUUUUAAAUUUCUUCUGUCUGCCAGUGCAUGCAAAUGUGACCUGGGCAGCUCCAUUUUUGAGUGAAAAGCUGACACGUAAGCCAUGUUCCGAAGCCUAGAUUACUUAAGUGUGAAUUAUUUUGUGCGUAAGAAAAAAUGCGACGGCACUUGGAUGACCACCCUGGUCUGAAUAGCAGUGGGGUAUUUAACAGCAACAGUAAUUCCCAGUCAACCUCUUCCAGCCCCCGGGACAUUCCAGUAGCCACAACGCGGGCUGGUGACAAGCCUCUCUCCCGGCAGCCCCUGGCUCUUAUUCAAGAGACUGUACACGCAGUUGGGGGAUCUGGAAGCACAGAAAUGCAAAGUGGCAUUCAAUUCUCUCUACCUUCUGGCUAUCAGGCUCGAGUAGCAGCAGCCACCACAUUGUCUCAGGGCAACUUGGGUCAUAGUCAGCCUCCAUCAACUGUUCAUCAUUCAUUGUCAAUACAAGCUCACGCCAAUACACAGAUUGUACAUCCCAUGCCAUCAAACUCUCAAGGACAUCAGAUGCAGUUCCAGAGACUUAAAGUAGAAGAUGCACUUUCGUAUCUUGACCAGGUGAAGUACAAGUUUGGUAACCAACCCCAGGUCUACAAUGAUUUUUUGGAUAUUAUGAAGGAAUUUAAAUCGCAAAGCAUUGACACACCAGGUGUAAUACAGCGUGUAUCUAAUUUAUUCCGUGGGCACCCUGAACUCAUUGUGGGAUUCAACACCUUUCUUCCCCCAGGCUAUCGUAUAGAAGUGCAGCCUAAUGAACAGGUACAGGUCUCAAUCCCUGGAACCAAUGUGGCUGGGGGUCAGGGGCCGACUUCUUUAACCAUCCACCCCACAGGACCACCUAGUACCAAUGUUCAUCCUGUACCCCAAAGUAAUCAUACAGGAAGAGCUGCCUCACCUCAUGCAUCCCCUGUGGCUAAGCCUCCACCUGUAACCAAUAGCCAGUCUCAUACCAACUCUCAAAAUCAGCAUCCCCAUCAUCAAAAUUCUCCUCCUCAGACACAGUCAGGCGCCGGUGCGACACCUGCAACUGGAAACAGUACUACUACUGCCCCUCCACCAGCUAGCCAACCUGUUGAAUUCAAUCAUGCUAUUAACUAUGUAAACAAAAUAAAGAAUCGUUUUCAAGGUCAACCAGAAAUAUAUAAACAGUUUCUAGAGAUAUUGCAUACAUAUCAAAAAGAGCAGCGAAAUUUAAAAGAUGGUGUAAACACCGCUAACAAACCCUUAACAGAAGCAGAAGUUUAUGAUCAAGUUGCAAAAUUGUUUCAAAAUCAGGAGGAUCUUCUUCAAGAAUUUGGUCAGUUCCUACCUGAUGCAAAUGGUGCAUCUCUCAUGGGUCUAGCUCCUCAGAAGCCUGCCAAUAGUGAACACAAUGCAGUUGUUAAGAAGCCAUCUCUUCCUGUGAAGCCUCCUGUCCCUCCUAACAAUCAGAGCAAACAAAUUCAAGGUGUCAAGCGUCCUGCUACCUCUGUACCCUCUCCUCCUAUAAAGAAACCUAAAAUGACCAGUUUAAAAGAUGUUACUUUGACUGAAGCUGGUAAAUAUGGAUCUCUAAAUGAAUAUGCAUUUUUUGAUAAGGUUCGAAAAGCUUUAAAGAGUCAGGAAGUUUAUGAUAAUUUCUUGAGAUGUUUGAUCAUUUAUAAUCAGGAGCUCAUCUCUAGGACAGAUUUAGUUUUAGUUGUUACUCCCUUCCUUCAGAAAUAUUCUGAUCUCUUCAAAUGGUUCAAAGAAUUUGUUGGUUAUAAAGAAACAAACAACGUUGAUAUAGUUCCUAAAAAGGUAGAAACUCAAGAGCGUGAGAGAGUGGGUGAUUUUGCGACAGAAAUAGAUUAUGCAUCCUGUGUGAAAUAUGGUGCCAGUUAUCGGGCGGUACCAAGGAAUUAUGUGCAACCUAAAUGCAGUGGGCGUACAGCUUUGUGUAGAGAGGUUUUAAAUGACACUUGGGUUUCUUUUCCAUCAUGGUCUGAAGAUUCUACCUUUGUCAGCUCCAGAAAAACUCAAUUUGAAGAGUAUAUUUACAGGUGUGAAGAUGACAGAUUUGAGUUGGAUGUUGUAUUAGAAACAAACAUCUCAACUGUGAGAAUCUUGGAAGCAGAAAUGACUAAAAUUAAUCGCAUGUCUGCAGAAGAAAAAGCCAGAUAUCGACUUGAUGACACUUUGGGAGGAAGUUCAGCUGUGAUUCAACAGCUUGCAAUUAAAAGGGUAUAUGGUGACAAGGCUCCUGACAUAAUUGAAGGUCUCAAAAAGAAUCCUGCAUCUUCAGUGCCUAUUGUUUUAAAGAGGUUAAAAGUGAAAGAUGAAGAGUGGCGGAAGGCACAGAAAAGUUUCAACAAAAUCUGGAGGGAACAAAAUGAGAAAUAUUAUCUUAAGUCCUUGGAUCAUCAGGGUAUUAAUUUCAAGCAAAAUGAUGUAAAGUUGCUUAGAUCAAAAAGUAUUCUGAGCGAAAUUGAAACUCUUUAUGAGGAGCGCCAUGAACAAGAAGAUGGUCAGGCAGAAACAGGUCCGCAUCUCAAAUUCAAUUAUCAUCAUAAAGACAUAUACAAAGAUGCUGCCAACCUUACCAUCCAUCAUGUCAAGAGACAAACAGGCAUCCAUAAAGAAGAUAAACAGAAAAUCAAGCAUCUAAUGCGUCAGUUUUUCCCCGACUUUUUUUCUGUGCCUCGAGGAGACUUAUCUGAUGAUGAAUUAGAUAAAGAUGAGGACAUGGAAACUGAAGAUGGAAAUGAAAGUCCUAAGACCAGUGUGUAUAGGGAUCUUAUGACUUUGAAUCUUGCUUGUGCGAAUAAUUACAAGAAAGAUGCUUUACGGAAAGAAAGUGAAAAGGCUAGCUUACAACACGAUGACAAAGCUUAUCCUCCUGAUAAUGAUGAAUAUCCCUUGAAUGAUCCCUGUUCUACUGAGACUUAUUCUGUCAUCUUUGUAAAUAACCAUUGGUACAUAUUUUUUCGCCUUCAUCAAAUUCUCUGCCUGCGUUUGUGGAAAUUAUAUGAUCGAGCUAGAGUCCUAAUUUUAGAGGAACUAAAAGAUCAAGAAGAAAGAAAGAAAUCUACUGCUCUUGCCUUAAGGCUCAAACCACGAAGUAACAUUGAUGUAGAGCUUUAUUAUCAAGCUUUCUUGGAUAUGGUAAAAAAUGUGCUGGACGGUAAUUUAGAAAGUAGUCAGUAUGAAGACAGUCUGCGAGAAAUGUUUGGUAUCCAUGCAUACCUUGGUUUUACUCUAGAUAAAGUUAUUCAAAACAUGGUUAGACAGCUUCAGCACAUGGUGGGAGACGAAUCAUGCUCUCAGUUCAUGACUCUGUUUCUGGAUGAAUCUAAAAACAAGGGUAAUGGAGGUCCAUGUGCCACACAACAUCUACGGCAGGCAGCUGAAAAUGCUUAUCAGAAGAAAGCAGAGCAAAUGUGUGAUGAGAACCUUUAUAAAAUUAUCUUGUUCAAAGAACGAGGCAGGAUAACUUUUGAACUGCUAGACACAGAUUCUGAUACUUCUGAAGAUCAAGGUACUAGCAAUAAGUGGCAUGCUUUUGUGAGAAAAUAUACGGGUGAAGAAUCCUUGGCAAAUUUAGUCAAAGAACAGCUUACUAAAAAUCCUAUAUUCCUUCCCAGGCAAAUCCACAAUUGGUGGUCUCAUGCGAAAAGCCAGAGUGAGGAGAAUCCACGAGAGGAUCUAGAUGAAUCGCAGAUUGACAUGUCUCGUCUUGAAGAUGGAGGUGCCGGUGAUGCAGUGCGGGGUUUAGUUGGUCUUAAUGCUAAGUACCGGAUGAGUAAGAUGGCAGAGACACAAGGAUCUGUGUGUCGCUUUAAUGUGAAUUCCUAUAAGAUGAUGUGGAUAAUGGAUAGUGAGAAUUGCCUGUAUAAGAAAAAAUGUCUCACAAAAGCUCAGCAGUCCCAUCAAAGUGUUUCUCAAAGGCUGCACAAACGUUUCCAGACUUGGCAUAAAAGGUGGAUAAAAGCAAAUGUAGAUGAAACACAGGAGAAACGCUGCCAGAAUUGGCUUUUGGGCCAAUGCGAGGACAGUAUACCCACAGCUUGUUUGCGCAUAGACAAUCCUUCAAAACCUCCAUACAGAAUCUACAAUCGAUACAAAGCAUCACAGACUAGGGACAAAACAUGAAACUUUGUUGGUGCAUUUCAUGUGUAAAAUUAUCUUUCACCUGAGACUGCCAGUCUACUCAUUGGAUGAUUCAUUGUUUUAUUUAACUGCAAGAUGGCCAUUAUCAUGAGUUCUCUCUCUUCCAUAUCAUUGUGUCUCAAAUUUCAUUUUAUCAUUUUGUCAUUGUACAUGGCAUACUUAUGGCAAAUGAGUGUCAUCUCUUGCAAACUUUCAUCAAAAUCCCGCUGCAGAAGCACAAAAAAAUCUUCAGUGGACCAUUAAAAGUGCAAGAGAUGUUUUAAUUUUAAUAAUGAUGGCUGCCAAAACACUAUGCCGGGUUUUUUAUUGGAAGAAAACAAAUAUUAUUUUUUAUUCAGAUAUGUGCAGUCUGCGUAACUGUGGCGUCUUCUCCCGUCACUGCAUCUGUAAGAUGUUGUAAUUAUUCUCUCUCAGAUUUUUUUAAGAUACAUAAGUGACUCUGUAAAAUUUAUUCCAUUGUACAAAGCACUGGCUGUGGAAGAUGAAAAAAAGUUGUGAAAUAUUUUGCAUUAUGCGGUAUUUUUGUACCUUAACAUUCUAAAGGUAAGGAAAAGAUAUUUAUAGUUAGUGAUGAACGUCAGCCACCAGAGGAUUUUUUUAUGCCCCUCACCAUCUUGUACAUUCUCCAUUUUCUCAGAACAUCAUAAAUCUGUGUCUUGUUUAUAUGUUUUGCAAUAUUGUUAAAAUAAAACCUAUAUUAAAAGCUGGG